UAUGAUACUUGUGUAGUGGCGCAUGUGAUUCCCCUGCUAUAUAUACAGUGGCCAGCUCACCCCUCAUCAUAUAUAUUAUCACAGAACAUGUACUGCUGUUAUUCUAUACAGGCCAGUCCCCAGCGCAGCGCAGCGUAGCGUAUGUGAAGCCAUGCUACUCACUUUGUUGGCGCCAUUUUGUGUGAGACAAUGCAUGUUUCUCAGCCUAAAUUGGUCUUCAGUAAAAUGGCAGAAGUGGGUUUUUUGUUUUUUGUUUUUUAAUUACAACAAAACCUCUAGUUACUGAGUGAGAGAUCAUGUGAUCAAGGAGGAUCGGGAUAAAAUUUUAUCUGCAUUCCCAGGGAGAGUAAAACCCCGCACAUAAUCCAACCCAAUAUAGUAUUAUCAGAUAAAUGAGCUGUGAGGGUCUUUAAUUGAAGUUAUGUGAAGUCGAUGCCCACGCUGUAUAAAUCGCUAAUCACUGAGGAUGGGCAAGGACAAGAGUCAGAUGACUGAGGACAUUUUACACCUCACCCUGGAGAUCAUCUACCUGCUGACUGGGGAGGAUUACACAGUAGUGAAACAAAUAUCUGAUGAGGCUGGGACAACCAGCGGCCAUCCCUGCGUGUCAGGAGGACUGAGCAGGACCCAGAGCCCCAUCACGGUGCCUCCACCUCACUCACUGAUACAUGAGAGGCACAAUGACCAGAAGAUCCUGGAACUCGCCAACAAGAUCAUUCAGCUGCUGACUAGAGAGGUUCCUAUAAGGUGUGAGGAUGUCACUGUCUAUUUCUCCAUGGAGGAGUGGGAGUAUAUAGAGGAACACAGGGGUCUGCACAAGGACGUGAUGAUAGAGAAUCACCGGCCCCUCACAUCACCGGAUGGAGCCAGUAACAGGAAUACCCCAGAGAGAUGUCCCCGUCCUCUUUAUUCCCAGGAUCACACAGAGGAGAAUCACAGUGUCCUACAGGAGUGUAAGAGUGAAGAUCUGACUAAUAUUAAAGCAGAAAACAUAGUAAGAGAAGAAGAGACGUAUGUGAGGGGUUAUCAGCAGUGUAAGGAGGAGGAGAUCCCUACAGGUAUCAGCACAGAUGGACGCAACAGCAGGAAAACGUCUGAGGAACAUGUCAUUUUUACUCUAGCAAAUAACCUAGGAAACAAUGACAUCCCACGGGAUUCUCCAGAAGACACCAUAACCCCAGGUCCAGGACUUCACAGUGCAGAUAUAUCAGCUGAUCCCUCUGCUCAUGAGGAAUGUUCUCCUGGCAAUUCAGAUCUUGUUAUAGGUCAUACAUCUCUUACAGGCGAUAAAGUAGUUCCAUGGUCUGUAGGCGGAGAAUGUUGUACACAGAGCACAGAUCCUAUAACCCAUCAGCCAGCUCAUGCGGGUGAGAAGCAGUUUUCAUGUCCUGAGUGUGGGAAAUGUUUUACAGCAAAAUCACAUCUUGUGACACAUAAAAUAACUCAUGCUGGUGAGAAACUAUUUCCUUGUCCUGAGUGUGGGAAAUAUUUUAGACAGAAAACGUAUCUCGUCCAACAUCAGACGGUUCACACUGUCGAGAAGCCGUUUCCAUGUCCGGACUGUGAGAAAUGUUUUAAGACAAAAUCACAUCUAACUUACCAUCAGAGAACGCACAUAGCGGAGAAAUCCUUUCCGUGUCCUGAGUGUGGGAAACGUUUUAGGAUAAAAUCCUAUCUUGUCCGACAUCGGAGGAUGCACUCCGGAGAGAGGCCAUUUCCAUGUUCGGAGUGUGAGAAGUGCUUUUCAGAUAAAACCUCUCUUGUUUAUCAUCUCAGAACCCACACGUCUGAGAAGUUAUUUCCUUGUUCUCAGUGCUUGAAAUGUUUUAAAACAAAAGGACAUCUUGUUAGACACCAGAGAACGCACACUGGCGAGAAGCCAUUUCCGUGUCCCGAGUGUGGGAAAUGUUUUACGCAGAAAUCACAUCUUGAUAACCAUGAGAGAAGUCACACAGGUGAGAAGCCAUUUCCGUGUCCUGAGUGUGGGAAAUGUUUUACACAGAAAUCCCAUCUUGUGGACCAUCAGAGAACCCACACCGCUGAGAAACCGUUUCCAUGCUCAGAGUGCGGGAAAUGCUUCAGGUUGAAAGCAAUCCUUGUUCAGCAUGAGAGAACUCACACCGGUGAGAAACCGUUUCCAUGUUCUGAGUGUGGGAAACGCUUCAGUCAGAAAUCUCAUCUUAUCGAUCAUCGGAGAGUUCACACGGGCGAGACACCAUUUCCAUGUCCAGGCUGUGGGAAACGAUUUAAGAAAAAGUCAAGUCUAAUUUAUCACCAGCGAUGUCACUCAGCCAAAUCCUUUUCAUUCUCAGAAUGUGGGAAGUUAUUUAGCAUGAAGGCAAAGCUGGUGGAACAUUAAACAUUCCAUGCAGGUGAGAAGCCGCUCCAGUCUCCUGAAUGAUGGGAGUGUUUUUAGCCAAAAAUCAGAUCAUAUGAGAACAUGUAUAAUCACACAUACUUGAUCAGGUGAAACGAUUGCAGGUUUCUAAGUGAAAAAUCUUUUAUGCAAAAAAUAAAUAUCUUAUGCAAAAA